AUGAAAAGUAAAGAGAGAUAAUUAUUCAAGUAAUACAAAAAUUCAGGAGUGGAUAACAUAAUUGGAGAUAAAGUUGAAAUAUCUGAGAUAUAAUGCCAUUUAAUACAGACUUAAACUGAUGAGACAAGCAUAAAAUUGGAAACAUAAUAUUCCCUCCAUCCAUUGAGAUGGUGGCUCCAAAUAUUUUAUGCAAUGGGACUCCUUUCUGAUUUAUUUUUAAUGAUGGGAUUCAGUCCAGUUGCCUCAGUUAUUGCAGAUACAUUUAAUUGUAAUAAGGUUAUCAUUGAUGCCCAACCAUUCGUAUACCUUAUAAUGUUUGCACCUUGCAAUUUUUUGUUAUUAAUUGGAGCUGUAUUUACUAUUAUUGGUUGUUGGCUAAGAAUGCUUGUACUAAUUUCUGGGAAUUUCUACCUUAUGUUUCCUGGAAAUAUUCAUUGUGGAAUCGCUCAAGUGUUCUUUCAAAAUACUGGAGGCAGACUUGCUACAAGGGCAUUAGCAACUGCAGUUGGAGGAUUAUCAUUGCCUAUAGGAUGCUUAAUGGGAUUUAUUGUUCCAGUACUAUUUUUUGGAGGAAAUGGGAACAAAUAAGAAGCUUUUAAGAAAUACAUUUUGGCUCAGAAUAUAAUAGUAACUGCUCUAUCUGUGCCAAUUUUAAUAGCAGCAAGAGAGAAACCCCCUCAUCCGCCAUCUUUAUCAGCAACUAGAAAAGAACCGAAAAUCAAUUUAUGGAAAGAGUUAAGAAUAUUGUUAAACAAUAAGAGCUAUUUGCUUCUUUGUUGUUCAUUAGUUCUAACGCAUUCAUUAUUCACUACUUUAGGAGCAGUAAUCAGUACCAUUACUAAACCAUUUGGAUACAAGCCUAUUGAUAAUAGCAUAUUUGGUGGGGUUUUCAUUUUCUUCGGAUUGAUUGGAUCUGUUGUUUUUGGAAUAUUACUUGAUAAGUAUGGCAAGUAUAAACUUACUACAAACAUUAUUUCCCUAGUAGUUAGUGUAGCUGUAGCACUCGCAUUUUGGACUCUACCAUCUUAAAACAUUCCUCUCUUAACUGCUAAUAUUGCUGUGAUUGGAUUCUUUUUAACUCCAAUGCUCUCAAUCAGUUAUACAUUUGCUGUAGAGCUAACUUUUCCUGUGCCGGAAUCCAUCUCUACUGGAAUGAUGGUAAUGGUUGCAGAAACCUACGGAUCAGCAUUGGUAAGUAAUUAUUUAGACUUAAUGAAUAAUUUAGGGCAUUUUGACAUCUUUCAUAAUCUCUAAAUAUGA